AUGAACUCUACAACACUUCAAAACAUUUUACCAGACAGAUAUGUUGAGUUUUUUGUGAACAAUUUCACUAUUGUUUUUCUUGGGAUCAUUAUUAACUCUAUCAACGGAGUAUUUGUGUUUACAUUUUUCAGAAGUUCAUUUUUCUACAAUGACCCGAGAUACAUAUUAUAUAUUCAUCUGGUUAUCAAUGAUAUGCUCAUGGUUUUUUUAUCUGUAAUUCUUACUGUGAUGGCUUCUGCAGCGACUAAUGUUACUUUACCCAUCUGUAUUAUAAUGUUAACGAUCGCCUCCACAACUCAUAAGAAUACUCCAUUGACUUUGGCUGGUAUGGCCAUUGAGCGUUACAUUGCCAUCUGUAAACCGCUGCAUCAUCCCCAGACCUGCACCGUACGCCGGACCUACAUCCUCAUCUCUCUCAUAUGGGGCGUUGGAGUUUUACACGGAUUGUCUGACAUGAUUUUGUUUUUUAUUCUUCGCCCUUUAUCUGUUUUUGCAACUGUUUUCUGUAGUGCGCCAAGACUGUAUAGCACACCCUAUCAUGAAGAACUGAGCAAAGCUAUGAAUGGACUUUAUACAUCUGCUGUGUGGCUGAUUCUUGUGUUUACAUACUGUAAAGUUUUGGUUACGGCCAGAAGAGCCGAUACUGAUAAAUCCUCAGCUAAAAAGGCCCAGAGCACCAUCCUGUUACAUGGACUACAGCUGAUGCUCUGUAUGUUAUCUUACAUUACUCCUGUUAUAGACAGGAUUUAUGUUUUAAUGUUACCUGCUUAUCGAGCAAAACUGAUAUUUUUAAAUUUCAUCCUAACAAACUUAUUACCACGAUUGCUCAGCCCUCUGAUUUAUGGUGUACGGGAUAAACAUUUUUAUAGACGCAUAAAAGGACUUUUUACAUGCAAAUUACUUAUUGUUAAAGUUGAAUCAACCAAGCAUUAA